AUGCCUUUCUUCCCUAACGCAACUGGCUUCACUGUCGAAAAAACCACGAUGAACGACAUUGCUGGGAAUUAUACCGAGGACAAUAACACCACGAACAACACUACCACUGAUUCCAACAACACUAAAGCUGAAACUCUUACCAAUUCCCACAACAAUUCUUCACAACGCAUUGCUGUUGGUCCUGGCAAACGGGGCAGAGGUAUACGAUCCUAG